AUGUUUUUAGGACCUUUGCUUGUCUCCCGCACGGUAUGGUCUUGUGCUUCGGCAUUUUUUAAUUUUCAAAGAGCAAGACCGAUUAGGCAGGUAGUUGAGGUAUUCUCCCCAGUCCGUCGACGAUCGACUUCUUCUGUUAUAUCGUACGCUGAAAGGGCUAACAAUGAAAGAAUUCAGUGCUGUAUUUGUCUGUAUAGAGAGAAAACAAUCUUAUUGCGGCCUUGUAAUCAUAUUUGCCUUUGUAACACUUGUUUUCAAGCUAUCAUGAAUGAGGAAAUAUCGACAUGCCCUAUUUGUCGGACAGAAAUUGAAUCUCAUAUCGAAGUGUUUCUUUAG